AUGUGUAUCAGUCAUUCACACGCGCUCAAGAAUUAUGGAAUUGAUUUCACCAGAUGUCAUAAAAACUGGGCAUCAAUCACAAAGGGUAUAGCAGAUGGAGAUUCCACUGUGAUUCGCAAGAAUCACCAGCUCAAUUCCAAGCUGAAUCUCCAGCUUAAUCUCCAGCUGAAUCCCCACAUUUUUCCUAUAGUGACAAAAGAAUUAGAAAGCAUAAAUAGUCAUUAUACUGCGGUUAAUGCUCAGGAAGAUAUUACUGUGCAUAAAGAAGUACUGCGGUUAACUAUCUUCAGAUUUUACGGAUUCAUCAAAAUAAUGUCCGACAAAAGGAAGACCAACUCAGAUCGGGAACGACACGACAGUAACAUAAUUAAGUAA